AUGAACUCGUGCCUGGACGAGGUGAAGAGGCUGCUCGAGGCGUCGCCCGACCUCACCGAGCGGACCCAGGACGGCAACAGUCUGUUCCACCUGGCCGCCUCGGUGGGCUCGGCCGGCUGCCUCCGCCUGCUGCUGCAGAAGUGGCAGAUGGUGUACAUGACCACCGACAUGAUCCCCGUCCUCACUGAAGCCCGCUCUCGCUCGGACGCUGCUCCUCCUGGCGAGCUGCUGGGCACGACGGAGACGAGCGUGGCCGGCCGGCAGUACCUGGCGUUCCUGGGCGUGCCGUACGCGCGGCCGCCGCUGGGCGACCUCCGCUUCCGGCGCCCGCUGCCGGCGCUGUACGUCGGCGCGUUCCGCGGCGACGAGGACUGUCUGUACGCCAACGUGUACACGCCGGCGCUGCCCGGCUGGUUUUCGUCGGCGCGCGACGUGUUGGUCGUCAUCCCCGGCGGCGCGUUCAACUUCGGCUCGGCCGGGCCCGAGCAGCUGGGCGCCGGCCUGCUGAUGGACGAGGACCUGGUGCUCGUCACAUUCAACUACCGCGUCGGCCCGCUCGGCUUUCUGACCACCGAGGACGAGCACGCGGCCGGCAACUACGGCCUGCACGACCAGGUGCAGGCGCUGCGCUGGUGCCUGCGCGCGGCGCCCGCGCGCAGGCUGAUCGACACGCUGGAGCCGGCCUUCCGGCGAUGGUCCAUCUACCCGCUGAUGUUCGCGUAUCGGCCGCGGGUGGAGCGCGACGUGGCCGACGCCUUCCUGCCGGAGGAGCCGCGCACGCUGCUGGAGCGCGGUGAAAUCACCACAGUGCCCUGGCUGGCGGGCGUCAACCGCGACGAGGGCGGCACGUUCGGCUGCUUCAGCCUGGCCAACGCGUCGGCCGAGGCCGAUCCGGCGGCGCUGUACCGGCGCGUGCGGCGCUUCUACUUCGGCCGCCAGCGGCCCGGCCUCACCACGGCCGCCGCGUUCGUGCGCGCCGAGGGCGACCGGUACUUCGUGACGGGCGUGGACGCGGCGGUGCGGCUGCAGGCGCGCCACGGCGCGGCGCCCGUCUUCAAGUACGUGAUGGAGCAGCGCCCGACCGUGCCGUUCCCGGCGGUGCUGGCCGAGCGACUCGGCAACAGCGAGCUGCCGUUCUUCCCCUGGGGCAUCGCGCACAAGGACGAGCUGCGCUACCUCUUCACCGGCUCGUCGUUCCCCGAGAGCGAGCAGGACCGCCGCUUCGCGCGCGCGCUCACCAACGUGUGGGCGACGUUCGUGAAGACGGGCCGGCCGGGCACCACGCUGCUAGCGAUGCCUGAGUGGCCGCCGUACGCGGAGCAGACCGACGUGCACAUGCGCCUGUCGGAGGAGCCCAGCCUCGGCACGGCCGCGUUCGGCGAGCGGCUGCAGUUCUGGCAGGGCCUGCCCAUCGCCGAGGGGUGGAGGCUGUCGUACCGCCGGGACGGCAGCGAUGAGGAGGAGGAUGCAGACAGCAGGGAGGAGCUGUAG